UAGAUCGAACCAAACUGCAAACGCGGUUCGGUUUUGCGAUUUAAACCGUACAAUGAACACCGCAAUCCAGAGGUUCUUUUUACAAACAUAUCAUUUCUCACGUCGAAAACCCUAAACCCUUCCAUUCUUCUACGAUCCAUACUUCUCGUUCCUUCUACUCCUCCCAGACGAGUUUGAGAAUAUCAAUCAGAAUACUGUCUUAACCCAGAGACCUAAAUCAUUUCGUUUGUUGUUAUUAUUAUUUAGGUUGAUUGGUUGAAAGAAGUUCAAAGCUACAGGCAUUUGAAGCUUCAAACGGGACCACUCAUCUCUUUGACCUAGGAUGAAAGCUUUGAGAGCUAUCAGGAACCUUAGAACUCUCUGUACCUAUAUCCACAGAAACCAUAUAGAAUUUUAUGACCUAGGAUGAAGGCUUUGAGAGCCAUCAGAAGCCUUAGAACCCUAUCUACCUAUACCCACAGAAACCAUCUUUCUACCCCCCUUUGUCGAUUCUACUCAGCACAACCUGAAGAAGACAACAAUAACAACACUGGAGAAGAUGAAGAUGAGGUCUCUUCCUUUGACAGUAGCCAGUAUACAUUCCCUAGUGUUGGUUCCAGUUCAGCUGCUGAUGUUCGACGUGAACCUACAUGGAAUGAGGCAUAUCGGGCGAAAGCUGAUCAAGCAAUAUUUGGCACUGAUGCUCGGAAGCAGACUUCUCAGAUUAUAGAGGAAGAUGAAGAGGGCCGACGUGCAACCAUGCUUGCAAAGGCUCUGCUUCAUGCAGCAUUAGAGAAGCCUGAUGAUGUUGAAGAGGAGGAUAUGGUGGUAAAGGAGGAAGACCAAAGGUCAUUGUCUGUUGGGAUAAUAGGAGCUCCAAAUGCUGGAAAGUCUGCUUUGACUAAUUAUAUGGUUGGGAGCAAAGUUGCUGCUGUUUCACGGAAGACAAAUACAACUACUCAUGAAGUCCUAGGAGUUAUGACAAAAGGAAACACCCAAAUUUGUUUCUUUGAUACCCCAGGACUCAUGUUAAAGAGUGGUGGAUACCCUUACAAAACUGAUGUGAGAGUUCGUGUAGAAAGUGCUUGGAGCUCCGUUGAUCUAUAUGAUGUGCUUAUGGUUAUUUUUGAUGUCCAUAGGCAUCUUUCCAAGCCUGACAAAAGGGUGAUAAGAUUGAUUAGACAUUUGGGAGCACAGGCACACCCAAAACAGAAACGUGUGUUAUGUAUGAAUAAGGUUGAUCUUGUUGAAGUGAAGAAGGACUUGUUGAAAGUUGCUCAGGAAUUCGGAAAUCUUCCAGGAUAUGAAAGAUAUUUCAUGAUCUCGGGUCUCAAAGGUUCUGGAGUGAAAGAUCUUGCUCAAUAUUUGAUGGAUCAGGCAGUCAAAAGACCUUGGGAUGAAGAUCCCACCACUUUGAGCGAAGAUACUAUGAAGAAUAUAUCAUUAGAAGUUGUCCGGGAGAAGAUGUUGCACCAUAUCCAUCAAGAAAUUCCUUAUUCUCUGGAGCAUCGCCUGAUUGAUUGGAAGGAGUUGAGAGAUGGUUCUCUUAGGAUUGAGCAACACUUUAUCACUCAUAAGCAAAGUCAGCGCAAAAUUCUUGUUGGGAAGAAUGGAUCUAAGAUAGGGAGAAUAGGCAUGGAAGCUAAUGAAGAGCUAAGGUCCAUCUUCAAAAGGGAUGUGCAUCUCAUCCUUCAAGUUAGAGUCGCCUGAGGCAAUGAUCAGAUGAAUGGGAUGUCAAUUUAUGGCCAUAACACGCUGCACCAUGACAUUAUAUAUGUUCCCCUGAGAGUGGCAUUUUUUGAGAUGAAUGAUGGUGAUUGGUAGCUCUUCUUAUGGUGCUGGAACUUGUAUGGGAGAUGGGUCGCACCAAUCCACAUAAUUAGAGCUCCAACAAGCAUAUAAUCAGGGCAAAUAUAUUUCUGAAAUAGCAAAGAUGCUCAAAGAGACGCCUCUUCGGAUCCAGUAAUAACCUUCUCAAGAUGAAAUUGCUGGCGUGAUGAAAUAGGUGUGGUCAACCAACUCAGCGAUGUCCAAGCCAAAGUUAUACUCUUCUCAAGAGGAGACAACUAUUCUGCUAAUGUUGCUUCAGCUACUUCAGAUUUGUUGUUUUACAUGUGCAGGAAUUUUCUAUUAAUGAAUUUGGAAUUUGACUUAAAAUGCAUGCUUACUAAACACUUCAAGCUAUUUGUUGCGUGAGUGGGUCAUUAAGAAAAGGGAUGAAUGUUUUUUUUUUUUGAUAGAAAAAAGGGAUGAAUGGUUUAAAGCUUUUAA